CACAUACUCACUCUUUUUCCCGUGUAACCUCAUUGAGCAAGCACGCGUUUUUCGUUGCCGUAGUGUUCCGACCGUUUUAGGAAAGCAGAACCUGAACCAACCGCCUCGGAAUGGGUCGUAUGCACGCUCCCGGUAAGGGUAUUUCCCAAUCGGCAUUGCCGUACCGCCGCUCGGUUCCUUCCUGGCUGAAACUGAAUGCUGAUGAUGUCAAGGAGCAGAUCAAGAAGCUUGGCAAGAAGGGUAUGACCCCGUCGCAGAUUGGUAUUAUUCUACGGGAUUCGCACGGUGUUGCACAGGUCCGGUUUGUGAAUGGCAACAAGGUCCUUCGCAUCAUGAAAGCCGUCGGUCUGAAGCCAGAUAUUCCAGAGGAUCUGUACUUCCUUAUCAAGAAGGCCGUCUCGAUCCGCAAGCAUUUGGAGCGCAACCGUAAGGACAUCGACAGCAAGUUCCGUUUGAUUUUGAUUGAGUCUCGCAUUCACCGAUUGGCUCGUUACUACAAAAUCAAAGCCGUGCUGCCCCCGAACUGGAAGUACGAGUCGAGCACUGCCUCGGCCCUAGUUGCCUAAAGAAGGGUUGCAGGAAGUUUUUUUAUAUAAUUCCCAUUCACUGUCCCUCCAGAGGAAGGAUAUGUUACACAAACGUUCAAAAUAUGUUUGCGGGGGACUUGUAAUGCUAAUAUUAAAGGAAUAAAAGUACAGAAAAUAAGGAAAA